CAAUGCGGCAGGGGGCGGGGCUGGGUGUGGGGUGGCGGCGGCCAUGUCGCUGCAGGAGGACCCGGUGCAGCGCGAGAUCCACCAGGACUGGGCCAACCGCGAGUACAUCGAAGUGAUCACCAGCUCCAUCAAGAAGAUCGCGGAUUUCCUCAACUCCUUCGACAUGUCCUGCCGCUCCCGGCUCGCCACCCUCAACGAGAAGCUGACCGCGCUGGAGCGACGGAUCGAGUACAUCGAGGCCCGGGUAACAAAGGGCGAAACUCUGACCUAACUGCAGAAGGCUGGUAGGGAGCUGACCUGGAGAAGAUUGUGCGGCUGUGCCAGAGUUGACUGUCAGGCAUCUGAUUUCUUCAUUACUUCUUAUUGGUGACAGGACUUCAGCUUGUUUCUGCGAUGCAGUAUCCCUGCCUUCAGUGCAUGGCUCCAGGGUGACUCCAGAGGAAACUCAUAAAAUGCAAAUGAGCAUGUUGAA